AAAAACCCAUAACUAGAUCAAACAACACCAGUUCAAACACUUUGAAAAUGGAGAAGCUAAGUACUCUUUUGCUUGCUCUGAUCCUCUAUAUCAUAGCCGCAGGUGCCAGCGCACAGCAGUGUGGCAGGCAAAGGGGAGGAGCCUUAUGCAGUGGAAACUUGUGCUGCAGCCAAUUUGGGUGGUGUGGGUCUACACCAGAAUACUGUUCUCCUAGCCAAGGCUGCCAAAGUCAGUGCAGUGGCGGUGGAGGUGGCGGUGGAGGCGGGGGUGGUGCGCAAAACGUUAGGGCAACAUAUCAUAUAUAUAACCCGCAGAAUGUUGGGUGGGAUUUGUAUGCAGUUAGUGCGUACUGCUCAACUUGGGAUGGUAACAAGCCUUUGGCUUGGCGGAGGAAGUAUGGUUGGACUGCAUUUUGUGGCCCUGUUGGACCCCGUGGCCGAGACUCUUGUGGCAAAUGCUUAAGGGUGACAAAUACAGGCACAGGAGCUCAGACCACAGUGAGAAUUGUGGAUCAAUGCAGCAAUGGCGGACUAGACUUGGACGUUAACGUUUUCCGGCAGCUCGAUACAGAUGGAAGAGGGAAUCAACGUGGCCACCUUAUUGUGAACUACGAGUUUGUUAAUUGUGCUGACAAUAUGUAUGUUCUGGCAUCCCCAGUUGACAUAGAAUAAGAAGCUCUAUAUGCCCAUGUUUAGUCUUUGACGGCCCAAAUACAAGUAAGAGAACGAUAUGUAAAAGGAAAAAGAAAAUAAAGUUGCUUUGAUGGGGUUAGACAAUUCCAAUAUCUAUUCAAGAAUGUCUUUCGUUUUGGGAAGAAAGAGGUGAAGUGUGUAUUAUCUUUGUGAUUUUGUAUGCGAAUAUUGUGAUUACUCCCUCCGCUCCAAAAUAAGUGAUUUUUUGACC